CCAGCGCAAGUGAGGAUCCUGUCCCAUUUCCAGCUUUCCGUGGCUCCUCCUCCUGUUGCUGCAGGUGUUAUUCCCGGGACUCAGAUGGACCACACAUCCCCGACCUACAUGCUUGCUAACUUAACCCAUUUACAUUCUGAACAACUUCUGCAGGGCUUGAAUCUUCUUCGCCAGCAUCACGAACUCUGUGACAUUAUUCUCCGAGUAGGUGAUGUUAAGAUUCAUGCUCAUAAAGUGGUACUUGCCAGCAUCAGCCCUUAUUUCAAGGCUAUGUUCACUGGAAACCUUUCUGAGAAAGAGAACAGUGAGGUUGAGUUUCAGUGCAUUGAUGAAGCUGCCCUGCAAGCCAUUGUGGAGUAUGCCUAUACAGGGACGGUUUUCAUUUCUCAGGAUACUGUUGAAUCUCUCCUGCCAGCAGCAAACCUACUCCAGAUAAAGCUUGUCUUGAAAGAAUGUUGUACAUUUCUUGAAAGCCAACUUGACCCUGGUAAUUGUAUUGGUAUUUCCCGUUUUGCAGAGACUUAUGGUUGUCAUGACCUUUAUUUGGCAGCUACUAAAUACAUAUGCCAGAAUUUUGAAUCUGUUUGCCAGACUGAAGAGUUUUUUGAGCUUACACAUGCUGAUUUGGACGAAAUUGUCUCCAAUGACUGCCUGAAUGUAGCUACUGAAGAAACAGUUUUUUAUGCACUAGAGUCUUGGAUCAAGUAUGACGUACAAGAACGGCAGAAAUACUUAGCACAGCUGCUGAACAGUGUACGACUGCCAUUGCUGAGUGUUAAGUUCCUCACCAGGCUCUAUGAAGCAAAUCAUCUUAUCCGUGAUGAUCGCACUUGUAAGCAUCUUUUGAAUGAAGCCCUAAAGUACCACUUCAUGCCUGAACAUAGACUGUCUCAUCAGACAGUCUUGAUGACACGACCUCGCUGUGCUCCCAAAGUAUUGUGUGCAGUAGGAGGAAAAUCUGGACUCUUUGCCUCUUUGGAUAGUGUGGAGAUGUACUUUCCCCAGAAUGACUCUUGGAUUGGUCUGGCACCCCUAAACAUUCCUCGCUAUGAAUUUGGAAUAUGUGUUUUAGACCAAAAAGUCUAUGUUAUAGGUGGUAUUGAAACUACUGUGCGUCCUGGUCUCACUGUCAGAAAACAUGAAAAUUCAGUGGAAUGUUGGAAUCCUGAUACAAAUACCUGGACUUCUAUAGAGAGGAUGAAUGAAAGCCGAAGUACCCUUGGAGCAGUAGUACUUGCAGGAGAUCUUUAUGCUUUAGGUGGAUAUGAUGGACAGUCGUACUUGCAAUCUGUAGAGAAAUACAUCCCCAAAAUAAGACAAUGGCAACCUGUGGCCCCAAUGACAACCACAAGAAGUUGUUUUGCUGCAGCUGUUCUGGAUGGAAUGAUAUAUGCCAUUGGAGGGUAUGGCCCCGCUCACAUGAACAGUGUGGAGCGGUACGAUCCAAGUAAGGAUUCCUGGGAGAUGGUUGCAUCCAUGGCAGAUAAAAGGAUUCACUUUGGCGUCGGAGUUAUGCUAGGUUUUAUUUUUGUGGUAGGUGGACAUAAUGGUGUCUCGCAUUUGUCAAGCAUUGAAAGAUAUGAUCCUCAUCAAAAUCAGUGGACAGUGUGUAGACCAAUGAAAGAGCCUAGGACAGGAGUUGGUGCUGCAGUGAUAGAUAACUACCUUUAUGUAGUCGGUGGUCACUCAGGGUCUUCCUACCUGAACACAGUACAGAAGUACGACCCUAUCUCAGAUACAUGGCUGGAUUCAGCUGGCAUGAUAUACUGUCGCUGCAAUUUUGGAUUGACUGCACUUUGACAAGUGUGAACUCAUGGAAACCGCACCUGGUGGUGCCACAAGAAGGAAUGCCCAGUGCCCUGAACCUGAAAGCCACACUCCUUUCUUUGCAACUUGAAGUGCUGUGAAGACUCAAAGUUCUGUUGGGCACUUUGAACUGACAAGUAGUUUGAAUUGCUCUUGAUUAUAUAGUGAAUUAAUAAUUUAAAAAAGGGUGGGGAGGAAAAAAAAGACCUAAGCAAUUGAAUUGUGCACUUUUCUCCACCGAGACUGGGAUAGACUAGUUUUUGUGUUUCUACGUGUAAAGAAACCUUGCUGCUUUUCUGGGUUUGUUUCCUAAUUUGAGCUCUGCUUUCCUGAUCUGUAUUUGACUUACUAAGAUGAGAGAAGCCUCAGACUCUGGACUGUAUCAAAUGUGUACAGUGUGGGUGGUAAUUGGUGAAGGAAAAUUCAUGCGCUUCACGUGGUUGUUGGGAAAGGGCUGCUUUUACUUUGGGUACUUUUAAGGAUUGUAAAUAACAUGUCAGUCACGUUCCUUCUGCUAAAUGACUUCAGGGCUAAUAGUGUGCUAAGGUUGCAAAACUAUGGCGUUAAUUAUCAUAUUUGGGGCCCUGUUUUCAGACAUUGCUUAUUUAUUGUUUAUGCUUUUUCUGUAUGUGCUGGGUGAACUUUGUUCCUGAUCUGUGCUUUGAUAAGCAUGAACAGAAAACCAGUUGUGUCAGUUUGGGUUAUUCUUUAGUGCUACAAGGCAGGAUUCUGACAGUUGAUGUAAAUAUAUUUGAAAGGUGUUUAAUACCACCCUUAAUUCAUAUUUUUUUAUAUAUUCUUAAUCUUAGUUUUUAAUGUCUUAAUUUUAUUUUCAGUGUUCAACUAUAAAAAUGGUGCUAACUGUAGGAUGUAUAACAAAGCUAUAACUGAUGUUAUUUGGAUGUUCAGUGUGAGAUGCAUGAUGUACUUUGAUAAUUGUUUUCAUUUUUACUGGCUUGGUUCAUUUGUGCAUAUGGAAAAUGUUAGUGAUUACAUUAGUGUUAACAUCCAUCAUGAUCUGAAUGGCUUGAGUUAUACUUCCCAUGGUUUUUGAAUGGUGACUUAAAGAAUGAUGCUUUUUUAUUUUCUUCUCUAGAGAUUAGAUGCUCUUCAGCACAGAAAUAUACGCUCCAAGCACAGUAUGCUAGGCAGGUGUGCGUUACUGCAUUCAUAUCUUAGGUAACUGAGUGUUUUUAACUUACUGAGGAAAACUGGAACUCGAUGUUUACUUGAAUAAAUGGUUCUAAAUUUGGUUCUGCUUUGAUUUAAGAAACUAUCUUUCAAAACAAAACUGUUACAGCCACUGACAGCUUAUUUAAAAGAAAUAGGUAACUUAAUUUAGCAUGGGUUACUAAAUAUGUUAGUCCUAAACAUAUUACCUUGCAGUUUAUUACUAUGUUGGUACUUGCGUUUUCAUAUUUAGUAAUUUUGUUUUGGGUUGUUUUUUCCCCCUCACCUUCUCUCUCUCUCUCUCUCUCUUUGUAACUUCUACAAGACUGGUGAAUAUUUUUUCCUAAAAAAAAAAAAAACAAAAACAAAAAAUAACUCAUCCUGCAUUCUUAAGUGCCAUACUAUUCUAACUAUUGUUAAGAAGCCAUUUGCAGUUAUAAAGCCUAGCUUUACCUGUUAGCAUAUAUGUCAUUAUUCAAAAACUAUAGCUGGACAAUUUGUAGUUUUCCUGUUCUUCCAGAAACUACCAGUUUUAGAUAUGAGAAUAUAUUAUGAAACUACGUAAAAUCAUCUUUAGUCAUAAAGUAACACCAUGCUUUACAAAUAUUUGCACAGACUAUGUAGCCUUGCAAGUGAUUUUUAGUCUCUUCUAACUUAGAACUCAACAGAAGCUAAUAAAAUCUACUGAAUAUUUUCUAUGUCGCUUGUUUGAAUAUCAUAAUGAUGCAUAGCAAUAACUUUUUCAUUGAUUUGAAUAAAUUUGUUGAAUAGAAAUAAGGUGCACUAUUGUGGUUGGCCUAAACCUUAUGUAAAGAAAAGCAAUUUAAAGUAGAUUCCAGCACAUAUUCACCUUUAUAUGCCCAGUUUAGUUUAGUUUAGUUUUUGUUUAUAUCAAAUUGUGAAAUAUAUUCUGUUACACUACUGUUAAUCUCUUCCUCCCAGAAGAAGUGAGUUUGAAAGACUGGAAAGUUACUUUAAAUAUAAACACAUCUAUUCCAGUCAUUCUGUCUCAACCGAACUUUACUCAUAUAGUUUCCAGUAUGCAAAUCAUAUCAAAUCCAUAGCCAUUUGCCAAAUUAGAUCAAAAGUAUGUACUGAUUUUUUUUUAUCUAAAUAUUUUAUCUGACUUAAAAACUAAAUGCAAAACAUUUGGGGCAACAGUAGGAUCAUGUUCUUAUGAAUAAAGUAUGAAAACAGAAAGCAGGGGGAAAAAAAACACUGAAAUUUAGAGAUACACUUAUUCAGGGAAUCCUGUUCAUAAUAACCAGGGCUCCUGUGUGACCUGACACCUGGCAGGUUUAAACAGAGAUGAGAAGUUUCAGCUGAACACUGCUGAUGAGUUGUGAAUAUAAAGCUCUAUGUUUCUUACACUAAAAAGGAUGGAAUGUUAGAUUACAGAUCCCCAGUUUUAAUGUUUUUAGAACUAUAUAUAUAUGUAUAACUUUAUAUAUAAACAUAUGUAUAUAGUUGUAAAAAUAUAUGGUUUUUUUCAAGGAAGAACUUAAAAGAAAUUUAAGACUGCCCAGAAAUAUAUUAAAAAAGAGCAACAGGGGAAAUAGAAACCUGAUCAAUCACAGUGUCAUUCGUCUUCUGUAAUUUUUUCAGGGAAUGUGGAUGCAGUGUUUGGCUCUUUAAUAUUUAAAGAUUUCCAUGUCUCUCAGAAUUGGAUGGUGUACUUAUGAAGGAAAAACAAAGCUGGGAAAGAGCACAACCAAACCCUAUUGUCUAGAACAUCGCGACUCUUGGUAACACUGAGGAAAACAUGCUGUUUUUUGGUUUUAUUUUAUUUUUCACUUGUAGUGUGGGGUUCCUGGUAUUGAAAAUCAGAUUCUACAAUAAAAUUACUGCUUAAAAUUCAAUUAAUUUAUGGCAGCCUCUGCGAGCCUUCUGUUCAGAGUUACAGGACAAUGUGACAUGUCAAGGUAACAUCCUGUUUCACUAUUAACCCUUUCUUUCCCACUGUAAACAGCCCUUUAAUUAGACAAGAUUUAAUUAGUUAGGGAUUCUGUGGCUGGAUACCUAUUAGAUCUUUACAUCCAGUUUACUGAAUUCAGUGUUGAUACUCACAUUUGAAAAAUAAGUUUAAUAUGUUGUAAAUUGAAGACGUUUACAAAUAUUACUAGUGUGAAUAUGGUCAAGUAAGAAUUCAGUUUACAUCUCUGCAGAGAAAAACUGUCACCCAUGUCUUUCAUAUUACAUAUCCACAUGUCUUCUACACUUAAUUUUGUCAAGAUAUCAUAUGUACAGUCCCACUUACUUUAAACUACCAAGCAAAAAGUUCCAAGUUUGCCUUAAUAUACCUGUAAAAUUAAAGAACUGGACGAUAAUGCCUCUUAUCUUUGCCUUAUGAGUUGUGCCGUGUCAUGAACCAGAGAUGGCUGUGACUUUAACAGGAUUCUGAAGCACUGUAGAAAAAGUACCAGUGGGUGUCCUCUGCUGCAAAGAGUGUAGUUGGUUGUCAGUAAGGUUCAUGUUUAAAUGUUUUUGUACCUGUCUUUUACCUCUGAAUAGAUACUUAUUAGCAUCAGGGUUUUAUUUUUAUCUUUGUUUACAUAGUAAAGUGGCAUUUAACUUGUUGAAGAUUGUAUUCUUUUUUUUUUUAAGAGUUCUUUGUGCAUAUUAUUAUGGUAAUGCUCUGUAAUGGUUAUAGUUAUGUUUCAUUUAAUGUGAAAAGUGUAAAAUAAAACUGAACAAUGUA